CGUGUGAGUAAACUGAUCCGUACAGGCUCGGUCUAAUGCAUUGUGGGGGAGGAGAGAGAGAAGAUACUCCAUCCCUCUUUUUAUUGGGCGCUGCCACUGAAAAGAAGAGGGUGGAGUGCUCAGUUGUUUUUCUCUGGCUUCAACGAUAGUUUGCCGAGUCUCUCCCGGUCUUGUGUGUAAACUGAUCCGUACAGGCUCCGUGUAUUUUCUUGGGAGAGAGAGAGAGGGGGAGGAGUGGGAGAAGAUACUCCAUCCCUCUUUUUCUUGGCCGCUUUACCGCGGGCGUUACAGUUCAACGUGCAGUUUCUUGCCAAUUCAUCAGGGCGGACUUAAUCCAACAGUGUGUUCGUCUUUGAAUAUGAAACACAUUUGAAUUCAUUCUGUAUUUACGUUAUUUGGGCGUGAAGAAAAUUAUCUUGUCGUGGGGAAAGUGUCAAACUUCCAUACCGUGUCAUAUUUCCCGGGAUUUAGAGCGUCGUUGCUCGCUCGCUCCCUUCGGCUUCUCACAAUGUUUUCUCUCCCGGGGAAGAACUGAACUUUUUACGGACGGUGACAACGUAGACAAUAGGACUUCGUUUGGGUUUUGGUUGUACAAAGAGAGGAGACGAACCGAUUAGGACUGCGAGUUCGUGUUCAACUACAAAUUCCUGAGAGAUGGCGUGGCGGUGGGUCCUGGCUGCCAUCUUGGCGACGUUGUCUCUCUCCCUCCUCGGCUCCGCCUACGAUGAGUUCACAUCCGACACCCUCAUCAACAAUGUAGUCCAGGACCCAAUCACCAGCCAGCUGUACGUGGGCACGGUCAAUGCCCUCUACCAACUGGACCAAUCCCUGCACCCCGAGGCACACACCAGAACAGGACCCGAACUGGACAACCGCCAGUGUACCCCGCCCGUGACUUCCUGUGAGGAAGCAGUGGAGACUGACAACCAUAACAAACUGCUCCUCAUCCAUCCAUCCAAAGACACCUUGAUAGUGUGUGGGAGUCUGUACAGAGGAAUCUGUUCUCUGAGGAACCUGUCUAAUGUGGAGCAGCUGCUGUACUUCAGCGAUACGAAAGGAGAGAAGUCGUACGUGGCCAGUGCUGAGGAGGGUGUGUCGGUAGUAGGGGUCAUGUCUUACUACUUCAACAAGGACAAGGGGAACUUCACCGUCUUCCUGGUGGCUAAGGGCUACGGCAGCCAUGACAGCACCAAGCUGAUCAGCACCCGUAUCCUCCAGGUCCAUAGUGACUGGGUGUUGUUCGACAGCAUCAUCGAGGCCUCGGCCGUCCAGUCCAACCCCUUCACACUGCGCUACCUCCAUGACUUCAGACACGUCUUCAAGGACGAGGGCUUUGUCUACUUCCUGUUCUCCAGAACGCUGGGCGCCCAGGAUUCAGGAACCAAGAACUUCACCUUUAUUUCCAGGAUGUGUGAGAACGACCACAACUACUACUCGUACACAGAGCUCCAGCUGAACUGCAGCGCGGGGAACAAGUACAACAAGGUUCAGGCAGCCUACGUGACCCUCCCAGGAGAAGCCCUGGCCAAGAAUAUGAGCUCCUCUGGCUGGUACGGACCGGUUGGAGCCCAGGAUAAGGUUGUGUUUGUGGUGUUCAGCUCGGACGACGACAGCUCCAGCUCGGCAGUGUGUAUGUACCCACUGAGGGCCAUCAACCAGAGACUGGUGGAGAUCAUAGGAGCCUGCUACAGCACCAAGGGACAAAUAAACAACAAGUCUGCUGUCUACUCACCGUACUCCUCCAAGUCAGACGAGCUGUGUAAAAUUGAAAAUGAGAAGGGCAUGGUGACCAAUCAAAAGUGUGGUGCUGAGUUCCUGCCCUCCCCGCUGGCCAGCAGGGCAGAGUUCGCCCUGGCAACCGACCCCGUUUUCACCAAGAAGGGCCUGAUGACCGCUGUGGCCGUCGCUGUGGAAACGGAGCACGCCGUUGCCUUCCUGGGGACUACUUUAGGAGAGGUGUUGAAGCUGCACCUGUCGACCAGUCCAGAGGUGUACGGCCGCGCCCCUGGGGAGAACACCGGGGACAAGGUCAACAAGAACCUGCUAUUUGACACCAGCCUCACACACCUCUACAUCACCACAGAGAAGAAGAUCACCAAGGUGCCAGUGCAGGCCUGCCACCUGAAGACAGACUGCCAGUCCUGUGUGGCACAGAAAGACCCCUACUGUGGCUGGUGUGUGCUGCAGGGCAAGUGUACCAGGAAGGGGAGACUGUCCCAGGGCUGA